CCAUGGUGCUGAAGCGUCAGCGGCGUAUUAGCUGUCUUGACGGUUCUGACAGCACAGAGAGCCAGGAAUCCGUUUACUGAGCGUUACAAUUAAACGGGCUCUGCGUUUCAGUUGAUUGUUGUCAGAUCUGCUUAUUGCUCGACUUGCUAAAUAAGUGCAAAAGCAGCACGUCUUUCUCUGUGUUUCACAGACCUCACGGACAUUUUAUUCUCCGUUUGCUUAUUUUGCUCUGGAAAGUAUUUAAUAUAAGGACGUAUUCUGUGAGCAGAGAGCGACUUCGACUUCAGUAGACAUGUGUAUAAGAAGAGACGACCAAUUACACGUCAUCUUUACGGUGUUGGUUCUCGCUGCUGCGGUGACAAGCAUACAUGGGCAAGUGUCUUCUCUAGAGAAUGGAAAUGUUGGGGGCCAGAGGAGAGUCGAAGCAGACAGCAGAGCCUUCACACACUCGUCCACACAGGACACAGAGAGUGAGAUCCACCAUUUUACCACAGCAUCAUCCAUGAACGUCCCCAACCACCGGCCUGUCUUCAGAGGCUUCGCCCUACAUGAACUCCUGCUCACUAAAGAUUUCCAGGGGGACCAGCAGUUUUUCACAGACCAUGGAGACGUGGCAAGACAUCCCACAAUGCCCGGCUCUGUAACUGCCUUUGAGGCGGGGGACGCCUCAACUCGCCUGGUGCCACAUGAGGAUGCCCCUGCCUUCUCUGACAUAGCCACUACUGCCACGGUGGCUGCCACAACCCCCCUCACCAUCUCUGCUUCCACAGACCCUGGGCUACUGGUGAGCAUGGCUCAGAAUAACAAGUUCGCCAAGGACAAGGCCAGGGAGGCAGAGAAGAUGGCAGUGACCACAGACUCCCUGACCACCCCUGUAGUGGCAACCACUGCCCCUACAGUCAGUGGCCGCAGCCCCAAUGCCCCCCCCUUCCUGAAUGGAAGCGCCAAUGGUCAGGUGGAAGUUAUCAUGGAAACCACCCUGCCCCCCCCUGUCCUGACCACCUCAGUGAGGGUGGAGAAAGGUGAGUCAGAGGAACCAGGGGUAAAGAACAAAACAGGCCCUGGCAUCCAGCUCACCAAACUGACCGCCGUAUCCACAGGAGAGGUGGAUGAGGGAAUGACCACCACAACCAUCAUCACAACCACCACCAUCACCACCAUGCAGACACCAGGUCCCUGCACUGUGAAUUUCACUGACCCCGAGGGCCACAUCAAGAUUCCACAACAGCAUUCUGCAGCGUUGUCGUCCGACCCUGGAGUGGAUUGCACCUAUGUGGUGACGGUCUAUCUGGGAUACGGGAUUGAAGUACAGGUGCUGAACGUGAGCCUGUUGGAGGGGGAGGUGAUGACGGUGGAGGACAUGGGGGGACGGGAGUCCUCCAUCCUUGCCAACGAGACCGUCCUGAUGAGGGGUCUGGUGGUGCGCAGCUGGAGCAAUCAGAUCUCCAUCCGUUACCGCAGUGACCAGCAGCCUCGCUCCGGCUCCCUGCUGCUGCUGCGUUACCAAGCUUUCGUUCUAAGCUGUGCCUUCCCUAAGGAGCCAGCCAAUGGGGAAGUAUCAGUGACUCACCUCCAUGCUGGGGGAGAGGCCUACUUCCAGUGUCUGACUGGUUACCAGCUGCAAGGCCCCACCAUGCUCACCUGUCGCAACGCCACUACACCUUACUGGAGUGGCAAGGAGCCCAAAUGCCUGGCUUCCUGUGGUGGUAUGAUUAAAAAUGCCACGUUGGGCCGUAUUGUCUCUCCUGGAUUCCCUGGCAACUACAGCAACAACUUGACGUGCCAUUGGGUACUGGAAGCUCCUGAAGGCCACCGGCUUCAUGUUCACUUUGAGAAAAUGGCUUUGGCUGAGGAUGAUGACAGACUCCUUAUAAAGAAUGGGAACAACAUUGACUCCCCUCCGGUGUAUGACUCCUAUGAGGUGGAGUACCUGCCCAAUGAGGGCGUGGUGAGCACAGGCCGUCACCUCUUUGUGGAGUUCACCACAGAUGGGACGGUCACCUCUACGGGAGCAGCUAUCAGAUAUGAAGCUUUUGCAAAGGGCACAUGCUAUGGGCCAUUUGUGAAAUAUGGCAACUUCACCAGCAGUGACACAGCCUACGGUGUGGGUGCGGUGGUGGAGUUUGCCUGUGACCCUGGCUACACUCUGGAGCAGGGCUCAGUCAUCAUCGAGUGUCUGGACGCAGAGAACCCCCAGUGGAACGAGACAGAGCCAGCAUGCAGGGCUGUGUGUAGUGGUGAAAUCACAGACUCAGCCGGGGUGGUUCUCUCUCCAAACUGGCCGGAGACCUACGACAAAGGCCAGGACUGCAUCUGGGGCAUCCACGUGGAAGAGGACAAGAGGAUUAUGCUGGACAUCCAAGUGCUCAAUGUGGGUAAGAAUGACCUGUUGACCUUCUACGACGGUGAUGACCUAACAGCUAACAUCCUGGGUCAGUACAGUGGCACCAGGUCUCGCUUCAAGCUCUACACCUCCAUGGCUGAUGUCACCAUCCAGUUCCAGUCGGACCCUGCUACUAACAUCUACGGCUACGGCAACGGCUUCGUGGUCCACUUCUUUGAGGUCCCCAGGAACGAUACAUGCUCUGAGCUGCCAGAGAUCACCAACGGCUGGAAGAGUACCUCCCACCCGGACCUGAUCCACGGGACAGUGGUCACCUACCAGUGUUACCCAGGUUACGAGGUGCAGGGCUCGGAGAUCCUAAUGUGCCAGUGGGACCUAACGUGGAGCGGAGAUGUGCCUAGCUGUGAGAAAGUAAUGACAUGUCCGGACCCGGGGACUGUGGAGCACAGUCGGAGGGUGCUGACGGGAUCCCGCUUCAUGGUGGGAUCAACGGUGCAGUAUGUGUGCAAUAAGGGCUACUCCCUGUCUGGAAGCACCCUGCUCACCUGCUACAACAGAGACACCGCUAACCCCAAGUGGAGUGAGAGGCUUCCCAAGUGUAACCCGGAGAGGUACGAGCCCUGCAGGAACCCUGGCGCCCCAUCCACCAGCGUGCAGAGCUUAGAAAAGGCCUUCUACCAGGCCGGGGAGACCCUGAGCUUCACCUGUCGUACUGGCUAUGAGAUGCAGGGGGAGCCCACCAUCCGCUGUGUCCCUGGACACCCGUCACAGUGGAGCGGCACACCACCCGCCUGUAGCGCAUCCUCCUCGCAGUAUUUGAACGAGCGCAAGUUGGAUGUUGCUAGUCCUGACUAUGGUAUGGAAGGAAGCAACAUUGUCAUUGCUGUUCUGAUUCCUGCUGCGGUCGUACUGCUAGUCAUCCUGGGGAUUUACCUCUACUUUGCAAAACUUCAGGGGAAGACCAUCAGAAUGCCAACAUCAUCCUUGCCGCCGUAUGACAACAUGACAGAGGAGUCUGCCUUUAAUAACCCAAUCUAUGAGACAGGACCCCGGCAGGCGUUCUGUGAUUACUAAUGACUGUGUCUGUCUGUCCCUCCUUGGCUGCCUGCAGAAGAACAACGAGGACAAAGGAGAUUAUGAGGUGACCAUGUAAAGACCUUACAGCUAGGGGAAAUCAAGGGUUUCUUUUUGGGACCCUCUCUGCACCUCUCAUCUUUCCUGCAAUGACUUCAGCUCCUAUUCCUCCCUUCUUCCUCUUUCUCUUAAUUCACUCCUUUUUGUGGGCUUUUGUAAAUAUGUCUUUCCAGAGGACUUCUACCAAAACUGCAAAGAUGGUGGAUCAACAUGGUGUUAUUUUUGUAGACCUUUGAUGCAGAUGGCCUUUCUUUAGUGUUUGUACAUUUUCAUUUCAUAACUGAGCCCAGGACUGGUAACAUUAUGGGGGGAUAGAUUUAGUUCAAAUGGUUUGGGUUUUAAGAUUUACAUAAGAAAUGUGAAGAACGAAUGUACGGUUUAUGCGUUGGCAAGGGUCUUGAAAUAUACAGUAUACAUGAAGAAUACAAAAUGACCCAAAGUUGUUUGAACAUUGUCCAAAUAUCAAUUUCACAUUUACCCUGAGUGAACAUUUGUAUUUUUCAAUGUUGCUACUAUAAUUCAACCAUCCAGUCUAUAUAUGGGUUUUCAAUAUCACUUUGUAAAUAACCUGCCUGUCUAAUAUGAGGGUGUCUGCGACUUGAGGAACCAAAUUAGUGUAUUGUUCAAUUUGACUCACAGUUUUGUUGAGAGACAUUUCCUGUGCUAAAACAACUAUAAAUAUACACUACCGGUCAAAAGUUUUGGAACACCUACUCAUUCAAGGGUUCUUCUUUAUUUUUUA